ACAACCAUUUGAACCAUUUGAACCACUGGCGCGAAAAGCAACUAGUGUGCUACGAAAGUUUUUUAAGGAUGACACUCUUUAAUAGUGGGACACAAAAUGUCUUUAAUUCAGUUAGUAUUGGUUCAAAUAAAACUAUGAGUUCUGCACAAAAAACGGCCGAAGUCCAGUCUCCUCCAGGAGAUACUGUGUCGUGUCUUCGCUUCAGUCCUGAGUCCAUGCAAACAACCUUCUUGGCUGCUACUAGUUGGGAUAAUCGUAUUAGAAUUUGGGAAGUCCAAGCCAAUGGUUCUACCAUUCCCAAGGCUGAGCAGAUGCAUCAAGGGCCUGUAUUUGGGGCUUGUUGGAGCACUGAUGGUUCGAAAAUUUUCAGUGUAUCAGCAGACAAAACUGCGCAAAUGUGGGAUCUUGGUUCAAACACUUUUGCGCAAGUUGGUGUACAUGAUGCUCCCGUUAAAACUGCUCAUUUUAUUACCGCUCCAAAUUAUUCUUGUUUGAUGACAGGUUCAUGGGAUAAACGACUUAGAUUCUGGGAUACAAGACAACCUCAGCCUAUUUUAAACUUGGAUUUGCCGGAAAGGAUCUAUUGUGCUGACGUCCAUUAUCCACUUGCCCUUGUCGGGACUGCAGGUCGUCAAAUAUUUGUGUAUAAUUUAGAAAAUGGUCCUACUCAAUUCAACCAAUUAGAGUCUCCUCUUAAAUUUCAGAGUCGUUGUAUAUCCAUAUUCAUGGACAAACAAAAACAAAAUCCUAGUGGCUUUGCUCUAGGGAGCAUUGAAGGGCGUGUCGCUAUACAGUAUUUAAAUCCAACUACGCCUAAAGAUAAUUUCACUUUUAAAUGUCAUCGUUCCAAUGCACCGGUCAACGGUUACCAUGAAAUUUUUGCAGUAAAUGACAUGGCUUUCCAUCCGGUGCAUGGCACACUAGCCACAGUGGGGUCCGAUGGAUGUUAUUCGUUUUGGGAUAAAGACGCUAGAACUAAAUUACAUUCUUCGGAUUCUCCAGAUCAACCGCUCACCUGCUGUGUAUUUGAUCCUAAAGGCCAAGUGUUCUGUUAUGCAUCAGGUUAUGACUGGUCUAAAGGAUAUCAGUUCGCCGAUCCAUCUAAACCCAUCAAAAUAAUGAUGCGCUUAUGUAUGGAAGAAAUGACUCCUGGUAGAAAAUCAUAAUUUAAAAGAGAUUAGAUAAUGUAUUUGUUCUUCAUGUAUAUUUUAAUAUAUUCAUGUAAACUCACUUGUCUGAAGAACGGAACACAUAUCAAUGUACAACUUCAAACUGUAUUUUUAUAAAAUGUUGACAAGUA